CACCCGCUUCGUCCCCGCGCCUAGGGCACGCGAAAUUCCCCCAUUUCUCGGUUUCUCCUCCGGCGACUUCAAUCGCUGCUGGCGCUGCCGCCUCCGAGAGGAGAUCCGCCGGCCAGAGGGGCUCUGGCUCCUCCUCAUUCUGUCUCCGUCUACGUGUUUACUCUCCUCAUCGCGAGGAUUAAGCUCUGAGAGCCAAUAUGGCGGCACCUCCAGAGGAUGCUCGAAAUGCUUACAAUGAGUUUUUGGAGAAGGUCAAAAGAACUAUUUUCCUCGACAAUCUCUCUCCACAGGUGACUGAAGCAGUUGUCAAAAAGGCUCUCGGGCAAUUCGGGAAUGUGGUGAAAUUUGAGUCUAUUCCGAACUUGACAAUACCAUAUCCUAUCCCUCAAGCCGCCUUGGUUGAGAUGGAGAACGAGAAGCAAGCGAAGGGGAUAGUAGCUGAGUUGACAUCCUACCCUUUCAUGAUGUCCGGGAUGCCUAGACCUGUGAGGGCUAAGCCAGCGAAGAUCGAGAUGUUUGCUGAUCGCCCAGCGCUGCCUGAUCGAAAAAUACAGGUGCGCUGUGUAGAGACAUCUGAUCCAGACUUCAAUGUGGCAAAUGAGCUGAAACUGCUUUACAAGAGACAGAAUGCUAAUCAUCUAGCUAUGGUUAAGCAUCUUCUAGAUGAGGAGGAAAAAAUUCAUAAAAAGCAGGAGGAAACACUUCAGGGUAACUACAAGAAAUACGAGCAGAUCGAGAAGCUGAUGGUGGAAGGAACCUCUGCGCGUUUGGCACGCCAAUAUGGACUGAGGUUAGAUGAUGAUUGAUACCUUUAGAUCAUCCUAGCUCAAGCACCUUGGUUUUUUGAUACAAUUCCCUUGAUUAAUCUAAAAAAUCUGAAGCUGUUCAUGUAUAGAUACCUUUUUCCCUGUGCAUCGAAACAAUUUCAUGUUGUUCGUAUUAAUAUUGAGCAUAAAGUAGUUUUGAUCCGCGGAUUUACUAGUU